CAUAAUGGAUCAUCACUUGAUCUCAUUCUUACCCUUUUUUCUAUAUUCAUUGAGUUUCAUCCUCUUUGUUUCGUUGUUUCUAAAAGUGGCAAAGAGAUCCAAAACCUCAAUGAAAACAGUGAAGCUUCCCCCAGGACCAUGGAAGCUACCUGUCAUUGGAAGCUUACACCACUUGAUUGGGUUUCUACCUCACCAUCGCUUGAGAGAACUUGCCAAAAACUAUGGUCCUCUCAUGCACCUAAAACUUGGUGAGGCAUCAACCAUUGUGGUUUCUUCUCCCGAAGUGGCCAAAGAUGUCAUGAAAACCUUUGAUACAAUCUUUGCUCAAAGACCCCAUCAAGUUGGUGCAGACAUCAUGUGUUAUGGCUCCACUGACAUUGUCACCUCACCAUAUGGGGGGUACUGGAAGCAACUAAGAAGAAUAUGCUCACAAGAGCUUCUAAGCAUCGCACGUGUGAGAUCAUUUCGAUCGAUAAGAGAAAAAGAAGUGUUGAAUUUAGUAAGAAAUAUUGAGACCAACGUUGGUUCUUUUGUCAACCUCAGUGAAAAAGUGGCCUCCAUGACAAGUGCCAUCGUUGGAAGGACGACUUUUGGUGAAAAAUGUAAGGAUCAAAAAGAGUUCAUUUCCAUUGUCAAGAAACUUGUGGAAAUGGUCGAAAGUAUGGUUAUUUUUGACAUGUUCCCUUCUCACAAAUGGCUUCAUGUGAUCACUGGCCAGAAACCUAAACUAGAGGAGUUGCAUAGAAAAUAUGAUGUAAUAAUUGGAAACAUCAUUACAGAGACAGAAAAAAAAAUUGGUGAAGUAGAGGUUAAUAGUCUCCUAUCUGUUCUUCUAAAUGUUAGAAAUCAAGAUUCCCUCGAAUAUCCUUUGACAAUAGACAACAUCAAGGCCGUAAUGUUGAACAUUUUUGGUGGUGGGACUUAUACAUCAUCUGCAAUUAUAGAAUGGGCAAUGUCAGAGAUGUUGGAAAAUCCAGAAGUAAUGGCUAAAUCUCAAGAAGAAGUUACAAGAGUUUUUAGUAGCAAAGGAUACUGUAGCGAAGAAUCACUUGAGGAACUAAAAUACUUGAAAGCAGUGAUCAAAGAAACCAUGAGAUUGCACCCUCCUUUCCCUCUUCUUCAUCCAAGGGAAUGUAGAGAAACUUGUGAGGUAAAAGGGUAUAUGAUACCUGCUGGGACCCAAGUGAUAGUGAAUGCAUGGGCAGUUGCAAGAGAUCCUGAGUAUUGGAGUGAUCCAGAGAAAUUUUAUCCUGAGAGAUUCAUGGAUAGUCCAAUUGAUUAUAAAGGGAACCAUCAUGAAUUCAUACCCUUUGGUGCUGGAAGGAGAAUAUGUCCUGGCAUUUCUUUUGGGGUAAUUACUAUUGAACUUUGUCUUGCACAAUUACUUUACUAUUUUAAUUGGAAACUCCCAAAUGGAAACAAGGAAAACCUCGAAAUGGCUGAAGCUUUGGGAGCCUUCUCAAAAAGGAAAACAGAUCUAGUCUUGGUUCCCAUUCCUCGUAAUCCUCUUCCUAUUUCAUCAAACCUUAAUUGAAUCUUAGUCAUUAUUAUGUGUGAAAAAUGUUUGUUUUACAAUAAAUGUGUGCAAUUAAGGUUUUUAUAUCACAUUACUGGGUUGUCCUUACUUGUGUGUUAAAGGUAUUGUUCUAGAGUGAAACUAAGAUGUGAAGUUUAUCUUUUCAGAAAAUAUGGUCUUUAUUAUAGUUUUGAUUUCCGUGUUUCCUUUGUUGAUUUUAAUGUAAAAUUGUAUUAUUCUCUCAUGUAUUUAUUAUCUUUAAUAA